GGGAGAUCGGGCGUCCGUACGGGGGCGGACCAGGGCCAAGCCCGGCCGGCGGGGAAGCUGGAGGCCUGGGGGCGGGAGCUUCUGCUCCCGGGGCGCAGGCCUGUGUGCGUGGCCUUGGGCAAGACAUUUCGCCCUUCUCGUGCAGCACACUCUGCCGCACACGCUGCCCUUGCCCCCCUGGCCCCGAACCCUUGCUCGGGGGCCCGCAGUGCCCCCCGCUCCGGAGACGCUUAGGGCAGCGCUGCCGCCAGCCUGACCGGACGCGGCCCUCCGAGUCAAACGCUGGCUCCCUGAAAAUACCGUCGAAACAGCCUGUAGCUAAGACAAAACUGAGUCCGAUGCUUCCUUCUCUUGUUCGGGGAGAGCACUGUCUGAAAGGGUAGUUAGUCGAGAGGAGGUAGAGGGGCAGAGUUGGGGUGUUGAGGUUUGGGGCCAGGCUGAAGGGGGGCUUUUUGAUGCAAGAUUUUUUAAAUUAGGGUUGGGUAAGGAUCGGGUCACAUAGUUCAGGAUGUGUGGUCCCGGUGACGUUGAGGAUUUCAUGAGCCUUGGAGCUUCAACUGUUGCUUAAUGCUACCUGUCAAAAGUUGGGACGGUUUUCAAUGGAUUUUUGUGAAGUCGGAGAGUAAGGUUAUUGACACCUUUUGUUUUCCUGGGCAGGUGUUUCCUGACAUCAUACAAUAACACAGUCAGGUUGUUUUGCCUCAGCCAGUAUGAGUCACAGCCUUCUGUUGUUUGCACCCACAGAAACCCUGUAUGUGGUUUGGUUGUGUGUAAAAUGGGGAUCAUAUUGCAGGGGGAUGGGGAGGAGCUGGGCACGCCCUGAGAAAACCAGGGUCUCAGCCUCUGGUAGCCCAGCAGGGCUUAUAAAAACGUCUGAGUCCUGAAAAACAACCCUUAUCUCAAAAAGGAAAAAGGAGCUCCAAAUUGAAAUGAAUAGGUGGUUAUUUAUAUGUAUAUCAAUAAGCAAUAGACUAGAUUUAUUAUUAAUUCCUUAUUACUGUCCACCAGCCAACUGCUACUCAAAGCACAUAGUUAGGGGUGGUUGCAUUUACCCUGUAGAGAGAUGUGCACGUUCAUGUGAUUUGUGCCGUGUGGUCAGGGGUUCAAAGCUAAGAAUGCUCCAGGCUUCUCAAGAUGUUAAAACAUCCCUGGGGCAUUUGGCUCCUGGUCUUGGUACGUCCCUGCUCCGGUCUGUGAGCUCAUUUCCUCAUCUGUACAGUGGGGAAGACUGUGCUUUGGGCAGAAUAAGGAGGAAGUGAGGCCAUAUGUUAGCCAGCAGUUGUUGGAACUGAAGUCCACAGGAUUCUAGAGCAGCGUUCGCCCUCACCGGCAUGGGCUGCCCUGCACUUUGUGGGUCUAGAACAGACGGAGGGCCCAUAGUAAGCAAGCUGGGAAGGAAUGGGAGUGUUAACCAGUUUGGAAGAAAGCAGGAGAAUGGAGGUGAUACUAACCAUUCUCCCAGCUCAACCUGGUUCCAUCCAUUUCCUGCACUGCUCCCCACCCCACCCACCAGGACAGGUGCAGGGACAACAUUAAACAUAUUUAACAACCAGUUUGAAACCAUGAAAACAGGCUUGUGGGAGAGGCUUGGAGCCCCCCACCCCCGUCUCAACAGGAAGCCGACAGCCGUGCUGGCCCCUUGAGUCACCACUGUGGGAGGCCACGGAGAGCCCACUCAUCGCGGGGCCCUGUGAUAAAGGAAGGUACGCCACCACCUUGACCGCGACCCUCACCAGGCCCGACAGUAGUCAGCCGCCGCUGUUUUCAGACGGACUCCAGGGGAGUCAGAAAAUUCUGCCAGGACGGGACAUCGGAUCGGGCUCCGUGUUCAACGUGAGACUUGAACUCGGGACCCUGAGAUCAAGAGUCGCACGCUCUACAGACUGAGCCAGCCAGGCGCCCCAAACAUGCUAUUUUAAAGCGUCCCCAGCGUGCGGGCAGGGGCGGUCUCCGGUCUGCUCGCCGCUGUGUCUCCAGCACGCCCGGGUGUGAAAUGGCGUUGGUGUGCCACUUCUUCGGGCUGAGCCCCGCCAGCCCCAGCUGCCACUCGUGCGAUGCGUCCGCAGCCCUCUCCGUCCUGCACAGCUCGCUGCAAAUCAUCGGUGGCCCUGCGAUGGCGUGACAGGCACCGGGUGGCAGGUCCCGCCCCACCCGUGACCUACAGCCUGGGGUGGCCGGACCGAGCCACUCACUCACUCGGGGGACUGGUCCAACGGCAUUCCACCUCCCGGGAUAAAACCUGGGGUGACCUGUGGGGAGCUCUGCACACAGCUCUCCCAGCCGCGCCCGCGCCCCCACCGGCCAUGGUGGUUUCCAGAAUCCCCCCGGCCCUGGGUGGAGGCUGUCUCAGGAUCCUAACCCCCCUUCUGCUUCUGGCUUCUGCAGCCUCCCUCCAUGCUGCCAGGAUACCUGCACCCGCAGCUUGUGGGAAGCCCCAGCGGCUGAACCGGAUCGUGGGCGGCGAGGACAGCACUGAUGCCGAGUGGCCCUGGGUCGUGAGCGUCCAGAAGAACGGAACCCACCACUGUGCAGGCUCCCUGCUCACCAGCCGCUGGGUGGUCACUGCUGCCCACUGCUUCAAGGGCAACCUGAACAAGCCGUCCCAAUUCUCUGUGCUGCUGGGGGCCUGGCAGCUGGAGAACCCUGGCCCCAGGUCCCAGCAGGUGGGUAUCGCCUGGGUGCAGUCCCACCCCGUGUAUUCCUGGAAAGAGGGCUCCCGUGCAGACAUCGCCCUGGUGCGUCUGGAGCACGCCAUCCACUUCUCUGAGCGAAUCCUGCCCAUCUGCCUGCCUGACUCCUCCGUGCGUCUCCCUCCGAACACCCGCUGCUGGAUUGCAGGCUGGGGGAGUAUCCGUGAUGGAGUGCCCCUGCCCCACCCCCAGACCCUGCAGAAACUGGAGGUUCCCAUCAUAGACUCGGAAGUCUGCAGCCGCCUCUACUGGCGGGGCGCUGGGCAGGGAGCCAUCACCGAGGACAUGCUGUGCGCUGGCUAUCUGGAGGGGCGGCGGGACGCCUGUCUGGGUGACUCCGGGGGCCCCUUGAUGUGCCAGGUCGAGGGCACCUGGCUGCUGGCGGGCAUCAUCAGCUGGGGCGAGGGCUGUGCCGAGCGCAACCGGCCCGGCGUCUACAUCAGCCUGGCCGCCCACCGCUCCUGGGUGAUGAGGAUCGUGCAAGGGGUGCAGCUCCGCGGGCACUCACAGGGGAGGGGGCCCGCAGGGGAAGGCGCGCCCUCCCCGAGGGGCCUGCGUUAGGGACCUGGGGAGACGCGGCGGCCACGCCGUUGUAAGUAAGCCAUCUGCCUCCGGGGGGCGCCCGCGUGCCGGCACCGAGCGGCCUCGCAGCCCGCCCGCCAGCGCGAGCGCCUCUGUGUGUAUGUAUAUACAUGUUAAUAAUUUUUACAGUUAUUUGUACCCCGCCCUCAUAUCUUAUUUAUUCCUCCAAUUUCAAUAAAUUAUUUAUUCCCCCGUU